GCGCCGCGCGGGCCCCGCGCCGCCGCCGCGCCAUGGCGGAGACCAAGAUCAUCUAUCACAUGGAUGAGGAGGAGACGCCGUACCUGGUCAAGCUGCCCGUGGCGCCCGAGCGCGUCACGCUGGCCGACUUCAAGAAUGUGCUCAGCAACCGGCCCGUGCACGCUUACAAAUUCUUCUUCAAGUCCAUGGACCAGGACUUCGGGGUGGUGAAGGAGGAGAUCUCUGACGAUAAUGCCAAGCUGCCCUGCUUCAACGGCCGCGUGGUCUCCUGGCUGGUCCUGGCUGAGGGCGCACACUCGGACGCAGGGUCUCAGAGCACCGACGGCCACACAGACCUGCCCCCGCCUCUCGAGAGGACAGGCGGCAUUGGGGAUUCCCGGCCCCCCUCUUUCCACCCCAAUGUAGCCAGCAGCCGUGAUGGGAUGGACAACGAGACCGGCACGGAGUCCAUGGUCAGCCACCGGCGGGAGCGAGCCCGACGCCGGAACCGUGAAGAGGCUGGCCGGACCAAUGGGCACCCAAGGGGGGACCGGCGGCGGGACCUGGGGCUGCCCCCUGACAGCGCGUCCACCGUGCUGAGCAGUGAACUUGAAUCCAGCAGCUUCAUCGACUCAGACGAGGAUGACAACACAAGCCGACUGAGCAGCUCCACGGAGCAGAGCACCUCCUCCCGGCUCAUUCGGAAACACAAGCGCCGGCGGCGGAAGCAGCGCCUGCGACAGGCAGACCGCGCCUCUUCCUUUAGCAGCAUCACGGACUCUACCAUGUCCCUGAACAUCAUCACCGUCACGCUCAACAUGGAGAGGCACCACUUCCUGGGCAUCAGCAUCGUGGGGCAGAGCAAUGACCGAGGAGACGGCGGCAUCUACAUCGGCUCCAUCAUGAAGGGCGGGGCUGUGGCUGCCGACGGCCGCAUCGAGCCGGGGGACAUGCUGCUGCAGGUGAAUGACAUCAACUUUGAGAGCAUGAGCAACGACGACGCUGUGCGGGUGCUGCGGGAGAUCGUGUCCCAGACGGGGCCCAUCAGCCUCACGGUGGCCAAGUGCUGGGACCCGACCCCCCGGAGCUACUUCACCAUCCCUCGGGCUGACCCAGUUCGGCCCAUCGACCCUGCCGCCUGGCUGUCCCACACGGCGGCGCUGACCGGAGCCCUGCCCCGCUACGGUACGAGCCCCUGCUCCAGCGCCGUCACGCGCACCAGCUCCUCCUCACUAACCAGCUCUGUGCCCGGCGCUCCGCAACUGGAGGAGGCGCCGCUGACCGUGAAGAGUGACAUGGGUGCCGUGGUGCGUGUCAUGCAGCUGCCGGACUCAGGCCUGGAGAUCAGGGACCGCAUGUGGCUCAAGAUCACCAUCGCCAAUGCUGUCAUUGGGGCGGACGUGGUGGACUGGCUGUACACGCACGUGGAGGGCUUCAAGGAGCGGCGGGAGGCCCGCAAGUACGCCAGCAGCAUGCUGAAGCGUGGCUUCCUGCGGCACACCGUGAACAAGAUCACCUUCUCAGAGCAGUGCUACUACGUCUUCGGGGACCUGUGCAGCAGUGAGCGAGGGGCUGCGGGGCAGGGGGUCCCCGGAGGGCCUGCCCAGCCCGCCCUCACCCACCCUCCCCUCCCGCCAGAUCUCGCAGCCCUGAACCUCAACAGUGGUUCCAGUGGGGCCUCGGAUCAGGACACGCUGGCCCCACUGCCCCAUCCCGCUGCCCCCUGGCCCCUGAGUCAGGGCUACCCCUACCAGUACCCGGGCCCCCCGCCCUGCUUCCCGCCCGCGUACCAGGACCCUGGCUUCAGCUACGGCAGCGGCAGUGCUGGCAGUCAGCAGAGUGAAGGAAGCAAAAGCAGUGGGUCCACCCGGAGCGCCGGUGGCAGCAGCCGGCGGGCACUGGGCCUCGAAAAGGAGCACCGGGCGGCUGGAGCUGGAGGCAGUGGCAGUGAGUCGGACCACGCAGCACCGAGCGGGGUGGCUGGCAGCAGCUGGAGGGAGCGUCCAGCUAGUCAGCUCAGCCGGGGCAGCAGCCCGCACAGCCAGGCCUCGGCUGCCGCCCCGGGGCUCCCCCCGCUGUACCCCCUGACAAAAGCAUACUCAGCAGUGGGGGGGCCGCCUGGGGGGCCGCCCAUCCGGGAGCUGGCUGCUGUUCCCCCAGAGCUGACGGGCAGCCGCCAGUCCUUCCAGAAGGCCAUGGGAAACCCCUGUGAAUUUUUUGUUGACAUCAUGUGACUGAGGAGAGAGUGCCUUCAGCUGGGCCCUGUGGUGGGGGAGCCAGUGGUCCUGGCCAUUCCUGCAUGGGCCCUGCCUCCGGAGCUUGCGUGGGCUUGCCUUAUUGGUGGCUGGCCUGCCUCAAGCCAGCCUGUGCUUUCGUGCACACAGGGGCCAUGUUGUGGGGCCCAGGCCUGGACAGAGAGUGGAAGUGGGAUGGGGGGAUGGGCAGAGGGCAGCCCAGACUGCCAUGAUCUGGACUCGGCCACCCGUGCAUCCCUGUUCCGGGUGGCUUGUGUCCACGCAGAUCCUGGUGGGGAGCCCCCGUCUCUCGGUGCCCUUGGAGCACCUCUGGGCUCCCGCUCGCCCAUAGAGCCGUGCCCUGGGCUUCAGGCUAAGCUGAGAAGUAGCUGCUGGGCCGGGGCCCCCUGUUGGCCCAGGUCACAGCCCGCCCCUCCCCGCCUCUCCCUGGGCUGGGUUGGCCCUCUCAAAGGUGGAAUCAGAGCCCCCGGGCUCCUCUGUGGAUGCCCAGGGUAGGGAUCUAAUUUAUUUAUUUAUUGUCUGGCCUGUGUCCACUGGGGAAGGUAGUGGCCAGGUCAGCUGCCCCACACCGCCUCCCCUCCUUGGACUCAGACUGAAUGCAGGGACACAGGGUGUGUCUGAAAGUGGGCCGGUUGGUGAGGGAGAGACAGGAGAGGCAUGUGUUUGAGCUGGCAGUGGUGGGGAUGUGACCCCGAGGGGCAGGGGCACGGAUGCACGCAGCUGCUGCAGGGGCAGGGUCUGGGGGAGAGGGGGUAGGCAGCCCACCCUUCCUUGCUGUUCUCGGGUGACUGCCCACCCACUCACACCGCUUCCUUCCUGGCAUUUCUGGCCUGCACACAUCUGCGCUGUAGAUACUGUAUCAAGUCAGAGUGUCCGUCCAGAUAGUUAAUAGAGCUGCUUCUGUGUAAAUGCUAUUUUAAAGACUAAAAAGCAUUUAAUUUUAUGGGA